AUGAUGAUGUAUCAAAGAAGAGAAGUGAACAAGCGUAUCAGGACCAUGAAACACAGAAAAAGCGACUCCAGCAAGGUGCUGGGUUCUGAGGCGCUAGUGCUGGGCCUGUUAGGUCUUUGGAGGCCGCAGCAAGGUGGCGGGAACUUGCCUGGAGUUCUGCUGGCGUCUGUAACUCUGCUCUCCGUCGCUGCAGUUCCUGCUGGGGCUGCUCUCAGACUGUGUGCUGAUUUUCCAGAAGAGCUGGAGGAUCUGGCACUCUGCAGCUACAUGCUUAUUAUUUGCUCAGGAUCUUUCAUCAAGGUGAUGGCUGUUCCCUCGCUGAUGUGGUGGGUGGUCUCUCCGCUGCUUUCCAGUGGCGUCCAGAAAGAAGGCCAGGAAAACCAGCGACAGCUACCUGUACCUCUCUGGCUACCUGGAGACAUACACUCGUCGCCGAUGUACGAACUGCUUUACGUCACCCAGAUCUUCUGUCUGACACUAACAGCAGAGGUUACGAUGUGUUUGGACGUUUUCUUUGUUCGCCUCAUGAUGAUGAUUGCAGCUGAGAUUGAAGUUUUGAAUCACAAUAUUUCAACAAUGCGUGAUUUCCACUUGAAUAGUGCAAUAUCGGAUAACCAUCUACGUGGGUUGAAAGGCAGCGAGCUGCCGUCGAUGGUGUCCGAUAGAGAUCAGUCAUUUCCAGCUGCAGACAACACCACGCAGAAUGGUUCAGAUAUGGAGAUGUUCUCAAGGCUAGUGAAGAAUGUUCUUCAUCAUCAGACAGUUCUCAGGUCGGUCUCUUUGUUGCAGACGUCAAUGAACAUAUCUAUCUUCAUUCUUCUGUUUAUCAACAUGGCAAACUUAUGUUCCAAUAUGUUUGUCACAUGUGGUCUGCUGCAGAGAGACGGAAGUCUGACAAAGGCUACGAAGGCCCUCUUCACGAUACCUCCUGUCCUCUUCCAGACAGGGAUGUACUGCAUUUUCGGACAAAUCACAACUGACCAGAGUGAGAAGCUGUCCGACUCGGCCUUCGGCUGUGGUUGGAUCAACUGCGAUGCUCACUUCAAACGCAACCUGAUCAUCCUCAUGAUGAUGGUGGGAAGGCCAGUCGAGAUCACAGUUGGAAAGACGUGUCAGCUGUCGAAGCAGAUGUUACUCCAGGUGCUCAACGGAACUUACGUCCUGCUGAACAUGCUAUUCCAGGUGCACAGCACUGAAUGA